AUGUCUAUCGAACGAGCUAAAGGCAUACAAGUGCAUAGACCUAUCAUCUAUGGCUCUCAUGCUAGGUUAUUGAGCGAAGCGGAGAAACAAUUAUCACCACCGGGUCACACACACAGAUGGACUAUCUUCCUCACUUCUGCCGCGACACCUCCCCCUCAGCCGACCGACCCUCCAAAUGGAGAUGAUAUGGAUUACAUACUUGGAGGAGCAGACGAUAUGUCUUACUUCAUCAAACGGGUCACUUUCAGACUUCACGAGACUUAUGCCAAUCCUUCUAGAGUACUGGACAAACCUCCAUAUCAAGUCACCGAAACUGGUUGGGGUGAAUUCACCGUUCAAAUCAAAGUUCAAUUCAUCUCUGAAUCCGGUGAAAAACCUCUCAAUCUCGCACAUCCUAUCAAACUUCAUCAUUGGGGACCACCCAUCGAACCACUUUAUCCACCUCUCGCCCUUCCCUCCGGACCCACAGACUCCACUCCCAAACCUACUGCUUCGGCUGAUGUACAAAUGGAAUCAUCUCCCGCUGUGAACCUAACCUCAACUCCUGCCGUCGAAAACAACGAGGUCAAAGAAGAACUCCAAACUCCCAAACCACAAGAAGACGCAUCCAUCCCUCCUGCUACCCCCCUUCCAACCGCGGACCCAGUACAACCUUCUCCGAUCUCCGUGGCAGCGAGGUAUCCAGUUCACGCUUGGCAAUAUGAUGAGAUAGUAUUCACUGAUCCUCCUUUGGUCUUUCUGAACAUACUGGAUGCAAAUUUGCCCACUCCCUUACCGCCCAAAAACCGUCGACCGAAGGAUCAACGAGAAGUUCAUGAGCUGAAGAGUGGCAAGAAGAAUCAGAAGAAUCGUCCUGUUCUAUCAGCGGCCAGUAGAGGCCAAAGUAGGACCGGAGAGCAGACCCCUCAGGCUGCCACCGGGAAUGUCGCGGCAAGCGUCGGGACCCCAGGUCAGGGAGUGGGUACUCCGGGAGGUGUACCGCCCCCGGGAGCGAUGACCGUAGGGAUACCUGGAGAAAGUGGGAGUGCGGAUGUUCCAUUGGAAUUCUCGGUGGAGAUGGAGAAAGCAGAAUAUAAUAGGUUGAACGAUGCGAGGAUAGAGUUGGUUUCUCAGCAGGAUCGAUGGCGUGAAAAGCUGAUCGCUUUGGAGAAAGAAACGGCCCGGCUGAAAGAAGAAAUGGGGAUCGUCUAA